AUGAAAGGAAGUGAAAAGGCUGUUAGUUCCACUAAAAGUUCCAAGAAAGGUGUAAAGAAUCGUCAAGAAUUUGCAGAUACUACUAUUAAGAUAAAGGUUCAAGGAAAGGACGUACCGCGCAAGAAAAAGAGGCCAAAGAAGGAGAUGCGAAUGAAAAUGAGUAUUUUGCUAGAGUUUUGUGAUGAAAGAUAUGAAGAUCCUCCACAUGAAAAUUUGGUAAAAUGCUACAAAUGUAAUUUAUGGGCCAUUGAAAAGUGUACGAGUGGUGAAAGUAUAUCAAAAGGAUUUAUUUGUGAUUUAUGUGGUGAGUGGAUUAUAUCCGUAAUUACCCCACGUGCUGUGGGGUAA